AUGGCUGAUGAGCUGAAGUGUUAUGAAGCAUUGAAAGCGGAACUAAAAAAGUCCCUCCAAGAUAGGAGAGAACAAGAAGAUACCUUUGACAAUUUACAACAAGAGAUAUACGAUAAAGAGACUGAGUAUUUUUCACACAAUAGUAACAACAAUCAUUCAGGUCAUGGCGGAGCUCAUGGGUCAAAAUCGCACUACUCUGGUAAUAUCAUAAAAGGGUUUGACACCUUCUCCAAGUCGCACCACAGCCAUGCAGAUUCUGCAUUCGAUAACAAUGAUCGUAUUUUUUCCUUAAGCAGUGCUACAUACGUGAAGCAGCGGCAUGGCCAACCACAAAAUGAUUAG